GUCAAACAUGAUUGGUUGUCACCCCCAGUUUUUUGCUACAUGAUUUAUUUGCCCAGCUUUGGUUUUGGGUUGUUUUUUUUUGUCCCCCACUCUCUGUAGCCAGCAUCGCUUGCAUUUAAUAGGUUCGAGUGAGGUCGGCAGGCAAAUUUGACUAAGGGAAAAUGCCGUACAUAUAAACGGCCCCGUCCUUGGCCCCCGAUUAAGGUACUUACGCCACCUGGGCUCAGCUGAGCUGAUGUUUUGCUGGAAUGUGGGCAAAAUUACUCGACAAGCAAAGCCGAGCGGACAAGUAAUAAUAAUGAGAGAAAAAAAAAGGUACGACGGGGAAAAGAACAAAACCAGGAUAAGUAGACCAGUUCCAUGACACAUUCCGACGGGUCCAGUUUCCAUAAUGCUACUCCGAGGGAACUGGAGGGGGAAACGAAAACAAAAAGACGAAGGGAAAGAAGAAACAAUUUUGGCGGCAGACCGUGGGCGACGAUUUUCUCGAGUUUAAUUGUUUUGCCCAUAUCACUACUACAUAAUAGUAUACGAGCUUUGCACACCCUUGAUUUUUUUUUCCCAACCUCGAGUCACCACCCCCUUAAUUCUGGAUGCAGGCGGGCAGCCAAUCUACCUCCCCAAAGUAUCUUACUUUACCGCCCGCCUUCCUUUUUUUUUCUUCCCCCCCAGCAAGCUUCUGAAACAUCAGUUUGCAAAGCCGCCAUAAGCAAAGCUCGCCCAUAAGCAAGGUCAUACGCCUAGCCAUGUGUAACGUCACGAACCACGCCCACCUCGGAUCUAUAAAUCAUCCCACGCUAGCGGAAAACAUCCGGACCGACGCCCAAGGCCGCGCGCACUACAGUAGCUCGAUGCACCUCCCGGCCUAUGAUGACGACAGGGGGAUAUUGAGGUUCCUGGGCCUCGCCGACGAGAUGGUUGAGGUCGUGGUCGGCAGGCUCGGCGCCUCCGUCGGGGUCUCGGGAGCAAGGCACAGUCCGGGUGGAUCCCAGUCAGACGCCGGGCGUUUUGCGGCUCUUGAUGAGCUCUUGUCGAUUUAUCUCAGCAGAUCAGACAUAGCGCACGGCUUGACACCUGAACUCGCGGCAUCCUGUGGACGAAUCGAGGUCUCGCCUUUUCUCUCGCGUCAAACACCCGGUACUUCGCCAUUCUUUGCAAACCGAAUAUUCUCGGACCACAACAAAAUACGGCACGACGCAGAUUGUCUAGUCAAAAAGAACGCCGCCCUGCUCAAGGAUCUUUGGUUGCAACAACAAGAGGCUUGCAUGGUUGAUGCGGGCGGGGAGAUCUAGCGAUCGGGAUGUUGCCUUCUCCUUUUUUUUCCCCCUCCUUUGACGACUCUUUUUCUUUUGUCAUCUUAGAGCAAUAAACGAGCCUUCAAGGGCCGAACCUGCACAUUUCGCAGGAUAUUUUGAUGAGAUUUGCUAUGAGACCAAUAUUUUGAUGGCCUUUACCCUUGUUUUCUGUCGAAGCAGUCAAGUGGUGUCAAAAACACAGUGACUGAAAGACCUGCGCAAAGCUCAACUGUCUUGGAAAUAAUGACUUUACGAACCAGAAUGACUAUAGCAAGAAUACAUACCUUCAAUCAUAUUCGCUAUG